GGCGGAGGACCGGGUGGGCUGUGUGCUCUGGAUGAGUCCGGGGAAAGUGAGGAUGGAGAGGGCGGCUGGAGGCGGGUGAGCCCGGACUCCUGCCGGUGGGGACUCGGUGUUCGUGUAUAGGCAGCGGGCAGACAGGAUCCACGCCUGAAAGGAACGAAAUGGUGCGAUCAUGUUCUGCUGCUAACUGUGUCAACCGCCAGACAGCGCAGACCAAACGCAAGGGGAUCACCUUCCACCGAUUUCCUAAAGAGGAGUCUCGGAGGACGCUGUGGGUGAAUGCCGUGUCUCACUCGCACGCAGCCGUCGGCAGUGACUGGACCCCGUCCGUUCACAGCUCCCUGUGCUCGCAGCACUUCCAAGAUACACAGUUUGACCGGACUGGACAGACGGUGCGACUAAGGGACUCCGCGGUCCCCGUAGUCUUCUCAACGCUCAGGGUACCAAAGAUGCCUCGUCACUGCUCUGCCCUCGGCUGCACCACUCGAGAUUCUCGACAGACAAGAGACGACAACAUCUCCUUUCACAGGCUUCCAAGGAAGGACGACCCCAGACGGAGCCUCUGGAUUGCAAAUUGCAGAAGAACAGGCCCCAGUGGCAAUGGGAUCUGGGACCCGUCUUCUGACUACGUGUAUUUCUGCUCCAAGCACUUUGAGAAGAGUUGUUUUGAAGUAGUUGGCAUCAGCGGGUACCAUCGUCUGAAGGAAGACGCCGUGCCGACAAUAUUUACCCCAUCAGCAAAACUGCGGAGAACGUCGAAACUCAAGGCACAGAAAAAGAAAAAUUCAAAGAUCACAAAAGUAAAGAGGAAAAAGGACUUCCUGGUCAGCGAUAACCCGGUCCCACCAGAGAGCGCCGAUCCUUCCAACAACCAGUGUUUUGAUGGUCGGUACGACAAUGUACCCACUCCGGAUCUGGUAAACUUCCAUGGACUAUGCCCUGAAAACCUUGAUAUUCCUGGAGAUGCUGCUCCGGCUGAAGGAGCCCUGGCCAGCACUGUGGACCAGCAGAUGCACCCGGAGGCGGCUCUGGAAGACAUCGAGUUGGCGUCAGUCAUGAACGGGCCGCUAUCGGACUUAGAACUGUCACAUGUACGAGAUGAGAUCUCCCACGAGAUGUCUCUGGACACAGAACCAAGUGAACCUCCAGGGGAGGCAGACAAAACCCCACGGCCCGUGUCCCCCUCCACGUACAUGAUGCGCAUCCCGCAGCCGCCGGGCGCAUACAUACAGAACGAACACAGUUACCACGUGGGCAAUGCACUACUAUGGAAGCGGAGAGCGGAAGCCGCGCUGGAGGCUUUGAGCAAAGUCCAGAGGCAGCUGGAGGCUUGUAAGAGGCGCGAACAGCGGCUCCGCCUACGGAUCUCUUCUCUGCAGCAGGAACACAUGCGGGAGCGGCGCGCGCAGACUGACGUCAGAGAAAAAUUAAAGGAGCACCUACAAGUGUUCGAAUUACAGCUCAUCAAUGACUAUGUGUAAAAUGGACUGGGGGGGCGGGGUCCAUGUCUAAUCAUUGUAUAAUAAAGGGUCACUCUAUCUUUUACCAUAAUAAAUCUGGCCGAACACAUUGGAUUAGUGUCAGCUGAACCCACAAAUUUUGACUAUGCGUAUGGGGGUCUUCCGACUCCCAUGAGGCAGAUGUAGAGAACGAGAAGGAUAAGGCCUGUUGGAUUAUAGCUGGCUGAUUCUUUUGUUCUUGGGGUGAUAAGUCACCGCUAGAGGAGUCCGACAGCAGCUUACCCCACCUCUCCCUAUUGGGUACACAUGCAUGCCCAGCCGAACUGAGUUUGUAUGUGUUACGGAGCGGUUGAACUCUGAAAUGCAUUGAAUCAUCCAUUGAUUAAAGGGGUACUCUACUGGAAAACUUUAUAUUUUUUAAUUCAACUGGUGCCAGAUUUGUAAAUUACUUCUAUUUAAAAGUCUUAAUCCUUCCAGUACUUAUCAGCCUCUGUAUGAUCCGCUUUGAAUUUCCUUUCUGUCUGACCACAGUGCUCUCUGCUGACACCUCUGUCUAUUUUAGGAACUGUCCAGACUGUUCCUGAGAUAGACAGAGGUGUCAGCAGAGAGCACUGUGGUCAGACAGAAAGGAAAUUAAAUAAGAAAAGAACUUCCUGUGGAAUAUAUAGCAGCUGAUAAGUAUUGGAAGGAUUAAGAUUUUUAAAUAGAAGUAAUUUACAAAUCUGUUUAACUUUCUGGCAUCAGUUGAUUUAAAGAUUUUUUUUUUUUUACAGCGGAGUACCCCUUUUGCAUUUUAGAGCAAUGUCUUUCAACCAGUGUGCCCCCAGCUGUUGCAAAACUACAACUCCCAGCAUGUCCGGACAGCCGAAGGCUGUCCGGGCAUGUUGGGAGUUGUAGUUUUGCAAAAGCUGGAGGCACUCUGGUUGGGAAACACUGUUUUACAGGCCAAAGACCCACCCAGGCCUUGUCUGCUGUUACAGAUGCUAGGCUUGUUUCAAGGUAUUUAAAAUGUAUCUGUCAAUAAAAAUUAAAAAAUUGAAGAAAAACUUUUUUAAUAAAAGUAAAAAAAAAUUUUUUAGCAGUAUUGGUCGGAGGUGUUCAGAUGCUGAAUGGUUACGAGAAAGAGCGCACUUCUCUCCCAGCUCUGUUGUCUGAGACCAGGAAGGCCCCAUAGACUUACAUUGAGUCCGUCCUGGUCAUGUGACAUGUGAGUCGGGGGAGAACCCACUACGCCUCUUUCUGAUUAGUCGGGGUCUGAACACUCCGACUGAUCAAAAUUGUCUAUGGCAUUCAUGUACAUGCAAGGCAACCCCUAUCUCCUGGUCUAUAGCUCAUACCUACUGACACAUUGUAACGAACAUUAGACUGUGUGUACGGGGCUAGCUCAGAACUGUUUGAAUUUGAAAUGAGUACGUUUCCUUUCCCUGACAGCAAGCAGAGAUCUGGAUUGAGGUAUUGGAAGACCGAAGUCUAUUAGAAAGUUACCCAACGUUUUUAUACAGAGUCGUUUGCGGUUAAUUUACAUACAAUGGGACGAGCGUCUUCACGGAUUUAGUUACGUUUGGCGAUACUGAGAAAACAAUGACCUCCUCCGUAUACUUACUGUCUGUGCUCCGCUCCUCUGUGCGCUCUUCCACAGUUAGAGGGGUUGUCCAGGAAUAGAAAACCAGAGCUAAUUUCUUCCAACAACAGCGCCACCCCUGUCCUCAGGUUGUGUGUGGUGUUUCAGCUCUGUUCCAUUGAAGUGAUUGGAGGCAAGUUGUAAUACCGGACACAACCUGAGGACAGAGGCGGCGCUGUUUUUGGAAGACAUUACUUCUGGUUUUCUAUUCCUGGAUAACCCAACCCCUUAAAUGAUGUCAGGUUUGGUCAAGGCAGACACCACAUCAGACUGGUCUCCCGCACAGAGGAGCAUCGGCGGACCCAAACAGGAAGGUGUGCAACAUUGAUACAUAGCAGGGUAACUCCGCACCAAACCAUUGGACAACCCCGUUUCGUUGAACAGUUCCCUUUAAGUCCUGUAAGAAGGGCAAUAGAAAGAGGUUCUGAGCAGAGCCCCCAUCAUAUAAGCCCUUAUAGCAGUGUUUUUUCCCCAACAAGGGUACCUCCAGCUGUUGCAAAACUACAACUCCCAGCUUCGGCUGUCUGGGCAUGCUGGGAGUUGUAGUUUUGCAACAGCUAGAGGCACCAUGGUUGGGAAGCACUGCUCUGAGAAUUGCUGUUGGUCUUCCACUGCCCAGAUCAUGAUACCUGCUGCUUAGCAUGCUGGGAGUUGUAGUUUUGCAACAGCUGGAGGCACACUGGUUGGGCAUUACUGCCUUAUAGGGUGUUUUCCAGGGCAGGGAACCCAUCGAAUUCUAUAGAGACGGACAUCACGCUGACAUUCUCUUUUCCUGCUUAUGAUAUGCUGUUCCAUGUUCUACCUGGUUUGCUGGCACAGAUGGUUUGUGUUUGGUUGACAACUGGGAUAUUUAAUAUAUUUUUGUUUCCAUUUUUAUUUUGUUAACUUGUCUGGUUCCACAAUAAACUUGUAUUUCGUGUA